GCUCCACCACACAUCAUGUCCGAGUUCAUAGGAGCUCGCAUAUCUCUCAUCUCCAAGAGCGACAUCCGAUACGUUGGUACCCUCAUUGAGAUCAACUCUGAGCAGUCGACCGUCUCCCUUGACAAUGUGCGAUCCUUUGGUACUGAGGGUCGUCGCGGCGGCAAGGACGAGUACGCGCCUUCGGACGCCGUGUACGAGCAGAUUGUCUUCCGCGGUAGCGACGUGAAGGAUCUGCGCAUCGAAGAGCCUCCCAAGGAAAAGCCUCCAAUGCCGCAGGACCCAGCCAUCAUCGGGGUACAACAACAGAAUCAAGGCCCAUCCAACUCUCAGCCUAAUCAACAAUCGCCCGCCCCGGGCCCUCAGCAACAACAGCAACCGCCUCAUCAACAAGCGCCCCCCAAUUUUCCCCCACAUGGUAACUUCCCGCCUGGGUAUCCCCCUCCCUUCGGCCAGCCACCAUAUCAGAAUAGAUUUGGGCCUCAGGGUGGGUUCCCCGGCGGCCCUGGUCCUUUCGGGCCUGGUUUUGGGAUGCCUCCCCCUGGCCCUUAUGGUGCUCCUCCGGGCUGGUUUCCUCCAGGCCCUCCUGGUCAGGGAUUCAAUGGCCAGCCCGGAUUCCCACCCAACAUGCCGAUGGGUCCUCCUGGCCAACACAACCAGAAUCAGCCACCCACUGGACCCAAGGGCGCUGCUCCAAUUGGUCCUCCUGGUAACAAGGAAGACCAGCGCAAUGCUCAACCCAAGGUCGCAGAAGCAGAUGGUGGUUCAGCCAAACCUGCAGAGUCCAAGCCAAAUGCGAAAGCAACCGGCGUUACUCCUACACCAGCUGCGGCCAAGCAACCACCUCCACCUCCUGUGGACUCGAAACCUGAUGUCGCAGCAGCGCUAGCCCCUCCCGCGCCAGCAGCUCAGUCUGUGGCAGCUCCCAAGGCCGCACCGACAGGUCCCAAGGGCGGUCGCAUUGUGCCCGCUGUUCCUCUUGCUAGCCCGCAUGUGCCUAAGAAUGCUGCUUCGAGCCAGGCUCAAGCUUCGUCUUCGGCGCCUGCGCCUCAGGCGAACUAUCAGAACGCGACUCAGGCAGCCACUGCUGCAGUCGCUGCUGCUAUGGCGAAGCUUGAGGUUGCACAAGGACGGGCUCCUGCUCCUCAAACGCAGCCUAUGAAUGCCAACUUGCAAGAUCGCAUUAAUGAUAUGCGAGAUGACCAAGCUCGUCGGGGCACUAGUCAUCGUGGUGGCCGUGGGGGGCGUGGCGGCAGGGGCGGACAUCAUGCACCCAAAAUGGAGAUCCCAGCUACCGAUUUUGAUUUCGAGUCUGCCAAUGCUAAGUUCAGUAAAAUGGACGCGGUCAAGGACGCGAUCGCAUCAGGGUCGCCCCUGGGCGACGGCAACGUACCUCCCAGCGUCGAGUCUGUGGCCAACGGAGAUGAGGCUGAGGAACCCGAGGUUGACAUCCCACCACCUGCUGCCUAUAAUAAGUCGAGCAGCUUUUUCGAUAACAUCUCGAAUGAAUUGAAGGAUCGAGAAGACUCGGCCAACCGACGCGGACAGGAGUUCCGGACCGAGGAGCGACGCAAGAAUAUGGAGACGUUCGGCCAAGGCAGCGUUGAUGGCUACCGAGGUGGUUUCCGCGGACGGGGCCGUGGCCGUGGUCGGGGACGCGGAUUCAACAGCGGAUUUCGUGGCGCCCCACGCGGCGGACGAGGACGCGGCGGAGGCGCACAGUUUGGUGAGCAAAUCGCUUAA